AUGGAGUGCAGUCCUGGAGAGUUUCUGUGCGAAGAGAUAUCGACAGCGCAGGCUAGACCCAGUCUUAUCAUUCUGAACCAACCGAUUGCGGAUUUCGAAGUCUUCAGGAGGCUGUGGAAGCAUGCGGGAUACCGGCUUUGCGCUGAUGGCGGCGCGAACCGCUUGUAUGAUAUAUUCGUUGGUUCAAAAGAGACUAUGAGAGACAGAUACCUUCCGAGUAUCGUACAUGGCGAUUUGGACUCCCUACGCCAGGAUGUACAAGACUACUACCGAGCGAAAGGAGUAGCCAUCUCCAAGGACCCAGAUCAGUAUAGUACGGAUUUCGGAAAGGCCAUGCAUAAAGUACUGGAACAGGACUCGUCAACCUCACCUCAGGAUAUCAUCGUUUUGGGCACUCUGGCUGGCCGCGUUGACCAAGGAUUGGGACUGCUUCAUGAGAUGAUCCGCGAGCAAGAUGAGCACCGCGGUUAUCGGUUAUGGCUGGUGUCAGAGUCCAACAUCUCCUUUCUCCUCCGGCCGGGUCGGAGCACUAUCCACGUGCCUUUAUCGGCGGGCUACUUCACCCAGAACGUUGGCAUCAUACCCAUUAACGGACCCGCCGUGAUCACCACCUCUGGCCUCGAAUGGGACGUGCAAGAAUGGGAGACAAGAAUGGGGCACCAAGUCAGCACAAGCAAUCAUAUCAUUGAAGACGCGGUUGUGGUCACGUCCGAUGAGGUAGUCCUUUUCACAGUCGAAAGAAGAGCCGAUCUACCCCAAUCACGAGAAAUGUCCUCCUCCGGAUCUUGA